AACAUGAAUCCAACAGGUGAAAAAUGUAGGGGAAAAAGUUCGAACAGUGUUGUGUACAUGCUCGGUGUGUAUUAGAAGCUAGUGAAUCGGCAAAGGAAGUGUAAGUGAGAAAUGAAUGAUACAAUAAAUGUGUAACGAAGGAUUACGCUUCUAAUUCAAAAAAUACGUAUGAAUUCUUUCAGCAGCUGUACAUUCUCAGGAAGAAACGGGAUUACUCUGGAACAAAGCUCGUAAAACACUUCUGCAACAUGGUCGAUGACAGCUUCCAGCUUGAAAAUGUAGAAUUCGUGCAACCCUGUCCCAUUCAAUACAGAUGCAGGCGAUGUAGCAGUUUAGAUUCGUCAUUAAAUAGGGCUCGUUGUGGACAUGGAUUCUGUGGGAGGUGUGUGGGCAUGGUGCGAGCUGCAAGGUUCCAGUGUCCCGUGGAUUCAAGAUCGGUUGAAAAGAAAGAGUUGGUGCCCGAUAAAGAGAUUAAGGACAAUAUUCUAGAGUUAUCAGUCUAUUGCCUGCAGAAGAAGAGAGGAUGCAAAAGAACACUACUUUUAAAAGAACUAGAGACACAUCUGGAAAGUUGCGGGUAUGUCCCGGUGAGCUGCCCUUGUGGAUGUGGCUUGCAGGUGACCAAAAGGGAGCUGGCCCAACAUCUCACGUCCACCUGUGAGCGAAGGCUCGUGCCCUGCACAUUCUGCCAGGACGAGAUCGUAUACAAAGACACAGAGACACACAAUGAAGUAUGUGGAAAAAGGCCCGUGAUUUGUCCUCAUUGUAAAGCAGAAGUAAAAAGGGAACAGCUUCCAUCUCAUGAAGUUUCUUGUCCAAUGAAGCCCAGAUGCUGUCCUCUUUCAGAAGCUGGAUGUAAUUUUAAAGGCAAUGCAGAAGAGUUAGAGGAACAUUCCAGUAAUAUACAAAACCAUGUGCAAGUCCUUUCAGAAGCCAUGACACAGUACAGAAUGAAUAUUAAGGUGACGGUUGCAUGAUUUUCUAUAAUGUUUUCAUUAGUAACAAUGAAGCUGAA